AUGUUCUCCCUCGAACGCACUCGCAUCGUGACCCACCAAUGGGCAAGAGCCCCGAAUGGACCCCUCCUCACGAAACCGCCGCCCAAGGGCAUGCGCACGCCCAACGGCCUCAUCUGGGCGCACUCUAUAGAUGACUUCAUGUGGAUCGAGCGCAUACCGAACGUAGGCCUCAUGACGAUUUGGUCCCGGAGUAUGAUCAAAGAGUACAAUGAGAACUACCUCGAAGAAGAGUUCGAGGCCCCCGAGCCACGCCCGAGGUUGCGCAAGCCGUGGCCCGUACUCAAGCUGCGCAAGGGUGCCAGAAUGUGGCUUGACCCCCCGCUCAGCGCAAUGGACGAGGGCUCAGACCAUGAGGACGACGGCAUCGUACGUUACCGCAUUUUAGAGGACGAUUCGGAUGACGAGGAUGACGAGAAGUCUUGCUGCUGUGCCACACACGGCGGCUCGCUGUUUGAUCAUACCGACGACAAGGAUGUCCUGCUACCCAACGACUCCGAGAACCCCGUCAUGUCUCCCCUUGGCGUUCCUUACUCCCAUCUCUGGAGUCCUGAAUUGCACAAUGGGUUCGCAUACGCUCACGAUAGUAAAUUGCUAUCGCCUAUCUCCCUGAUCGUGCCACCCGGUCAAAACGGCAAAAACGGGGUGAAAAGAGCCGAGGCCGCGGAUGCGGUGGGUGUUGUGGAAGUUCUAGUGACAGAGCAGGUCAACUCUGUGGAUGGCACCGUACAUCGUCUCGUUCUAGGUCCACGCUUAUGCCUUCACCCUGGAUCCCAUAGUUGUGCAUGUCGCCAUGCUGGACGCGCUUUCAACGUCGACACACCAAACGCAAAGGAAGUUACAGUCCCACAGCCUCCUCUGGAUGUCGAUAUGGCUGAGGCUAGUGCUGUCGUUGCACAAGCUGGUCUCUCUACAGACAACGACACCGCUAAUGCAACGUCUUCCUCUCCUCAGCAGAAUGCCGUGUCGGCGGUGAGCACAGACGCGGCUAUGAGAAGCGGCGGCGCCUCCAUGCUGGAGGGAGAGAACGCAGUUGCUCAUAAAGAGAAUGGCGUCAUUGAAACCGGUAUUGAGUCGGUCGGCGUGUUCACGUCGCCCGAGCUGAACGGCACCUCGCUUGUCGUUCAAGACACACCGAUGCAAAUAGAUGACGUCUCUCCCGCAGAGGUGCGGGUUGCAUCAGAUGUGCAGGAUAAGCCGGUUGGGGACAGCCCUGAUGAUGAUUCUACCCUCAUUUCCAGCCCGUUGCAAGUGGAGUCCGAUUUGACAGAUGCCCCGAUGCAGGUCUAUGAUACCCCGAAGAGCGAGCCUGAAGGCCCUGCAGCGGGCCAAGAUGCUGCAGACACUGCCGCUGUAGAUGAGGACAGUAAACCGGACCAUCAGUCUGGGACGGAUGUGGUACUCCCUCAAGAUUCACCAGUCAUCGUUCCGGAGACCGUAGUUGACGCUGCUCCUAAGGAGGAUAUUACGCAGCUGUCUGUAAGCGGCGCUGCUUCUUCUGCUCUCUUAGAGGAGAAGGUCGACGAAAUACGGAAGGCUAAACCACCUCCCUCGGACAAUGCGCUCUAUUCUACUAAGGAUCUCCCUAAGCUCGAGGAGUUCAUUCCAGAGCAGUUCUUCCCAGACGUGCUCAUGGUACACAAGCUGUUGACGAAUGGCGGCGAGGACCGCGAGGAAUUGCGGAAGUAUAAACGGAUUUUUCCCAAGUUUGAUAGGGACCCCCCGGACGAUGAGGAGGAAGACGAGGAGAAAGACGAAGAGGAAGACGGAGAGGGAGACGGAGAGGAAGAGGAAGAGGAGACCGAGAGCAAAAACAAGAAAGCGGAUAAGGAGGAGCGCGUUGGCCAUCUGUACCUGAAGCAAAAGAAUAAGCUGGGCGCCGGCAACCACUCGCUCGUGCAACGCGCUCCGCUGACACUCCCUGCGCCGCUGACUGCGCGGUCGCGCUCGGGGCAGGUGACUGUUGCUGCGAAAACAGCUCUCAAUUUGGCUUCCGCUCACAACCAGUUGCGGAACGAGGCAAAGUCGUAUGAUGCCUUCCCGAAGCACCUCAUGCAGGAUUGGUGUGGUUACAACCUCGUCACGCCCGUCAAGCAUCCCGUACCGGUUGGCCCCGUGGUACCCAAGUUCUAUGGGUAUUACGUGCCAUUGGGCGACAACGGCGAGUGGGAAGACGAGGAAUACGAAGGUUACGAUGAGUAUCACGACAAGCGGCUGCGCUGCGGGAGUCCCAUUCUCCUCAUGGAAGAGUGCGGCGACCCUAUCGAACCGCACAAAUUCAAUGAGGACGAGAGAUCGGAGUGCUACUCCCUCAUUCUUCGUUUGCACUACGAGAAUUUUGUGCAGCAGUCCAUGUAUGUGCGCAACGUGCUGAUGCAGCCGGGGCCGCUCACCGCACCCCCCGACAAACGGUCGAAGAAGAACCCGAGCUUUCGCAUCAUUGAUUUUGGGCGCGCGAUCUCAUGGAAAGACUACGUCGGGCCUCAGCCCGACUCAGAGAAGCGCCAACGGAAGUCGAGUGCAUGGCACGAGAUGGUCGACAAAGAGGCGCAGAAAGCUCGGGAGCAGUUGCAGAUCUCAGACUGGGAUUACUGA